CACAAUUCGGAUUAACUUCCAUCUCAACAACACACUCCUUUAACCAUUAAUCUCAGCGCGCGAGCUGGCUGUACACUUCGAUUCUUCCGCUCCUUUAACACCGUUUGUUCAUGAUGGCUCCUGUUACCAAGGACAAGUACUCGGUCAUUCUACCCACGUACAAUGAGCGCCGCAACCUCCCCAUUAUCACUUGGCUCUUGAACCGUACCUUCACAGAGCAGAAACUCGACUGGGAGUUGAUUAUCGUGGACGACGGAUCACCAGAUGGCACCCAAGUUGUCGCGAAUCAGCUCGCAAAAGCCUACAGCCCACAUGUUGUUCUCAAAGCCCGCGCUGGAAAGCUUGGUCUCGGCACAGCAUACGUCCAUGGUCUUCAAUUCGUUACCGGCAACUUCGUGAUAAUCAUGGACGCAGAUUUCUCCCACCACCCCAAGUUCAUCUCCCAGAUGAUCGCCAAGCAAAAAGAGCUCCCCACGAAUGGCGGAUAUGAUAUCGUUACAGGGACAAGGUAUGCUGGCGAUGGAGGAGUAUACGGAUGGGAUUUGAAGCGGAAGCUGGUCAGCAGGGGAGCGAACUUGUUUGCGGAUACGGUUCUUCGACCAGGUGUUAGCGACUUGACCGGGAGCUUCCGGUUGUACAAGAGAGCAGUGCUGCAAAAGGUUAUUGAGAGCACCGAGAGCAAGGGAUACACCUUCCAGAUGGAGAUGAUGGUCCGGGCCAAGGCGAUGGGCUGUACAGUUGCGGAGGUACCGAUUUCGUUUGUGGAUCGUGUUUACGGAGAGAGUAAAUUGGGUGGAGACGAGAUUGUAGAAUAUGCGAAAGGGGUGUUGACACUUUGGAUGAAGGUUUAGGAAUAUCCUUGGAGGGCGGAGUCUCGGAUGGGAUACUUAAUACAAUGACGUUUUCCUCCUCGCUGGUUUCCGCCUUUCUCUCUGCUCCUUGCCUGACCAGAAAAUCACGCUUGCUGUCGGCAAGUUUGCCUGAUCUCCGUUUUCAACGAGAGCGGCUGAUUCCGUCAAGGGGACAUUGCGAGCAAUUUGAUAGCUAUUCAUUCCUGCGCC